GUGUUUGCUUGAAUACUUUUGAUUGAAGUUCAGUAUUUCAUCCAAAAUGGCGUAUUUUGGUUAAAUCGUGUUCGAAUGUCAUUUCGGUUCCUGGUCACGCGGAGGAUCCGUGUUUUCCCGCCGACCGCUCAGCUAGCAGGGAGCAGUGGGGAAAACAAACAGGUCGAGCGGAGGAAAACUGGUCGCCGGCUGGAUGUGGAGUCUGUCCGCGUCGAAUGAGUUGCUGGCGGGAGCUGAGUCCAAGUCCUGCACGGUGGCCGGUUCGGUGCUCCCGGGCCGUCUUUCGGAGUUCUGUCUUCCUGAGUAUGUGGCCGCUCUCUGGUUUAUUAUUGGUGGAGCGUGUAGUGUAUCUGCUGCGGGUUCGUGUUCUCCUCGACGUCGUUGACCGGCUGUGAAUCUGCAUUUGGCAACAUAAAUUGACCGGAGUCGGCGGCGGUGCGGACAUGCAUACGAGGCGCUUGGUGAAGCGGUCCAUCCUCGGCAGCCGCGUUUAUGCCCCGAGUCCGACGGGGGACGGUGCCCCGGUGACAGGAGUGGUCCAGGCUGUCAAGCAGGAAAACAGAGACGUGGAGGUCCGGCGCAACGUUUACACCGUCCUCAUGCAAGACGGGAGCCUCAAGGAGUUCACGGAGGAGGAGAUAGCCGCGGCGGCGAAAGGACCGCUCAAGUCCAGCCUGAAGCUGAGCUCCAGUAAUGGGGCUGUAGAAGGCCAGAAGGAGAGCAGCUGCCUGAACCCAGAGGCAGCAGAGGAGCAGCGGUUGGUGGACGGCAAGCGCCUUAGCCGGGACCCCGAUACCCGAUCUGUGUCUUUGCUGGAGCAGAAACGCAAAGUUGUCUCCUCCAGUAUUGAUGUUCCACAUACCAGGCGGUCUGAGGAGGAAGUGGACAUGGAUAAAGUGACGGCCGCCAUGGUUCUGACGAGCCUCUCCACCAGCCCUCUGGUCAGGAGUCCACCUGUUAAAGUCAGCGAGGGUCUGAGUAAUUCAUGGAAAGACAAUGGCUCGGCCGUACCUUUCACACCAUCCAGCAACAGCUCCUCUGGAGGCUACUGGAGCUGGUCGGCCCCCAGUGACCAGUCCAAUCCCUCCACACCUUCUCCACCGCUCUCAGCAGACAGCUUCAAACCUUUCCGGGUGCCCAGCCUGGGUGGGGUGGGGUCUGGCCCCACUGGGCCUGAGGACCCCAGUCUGGACGAUCAGGACGGCACCAGUCUGCUCUUUGAUGAGCCCAUCCCUCGCAAGCGCAAGAACUCCAUGAAGGUGAUGUUCAAGUGCCUCUGGAAGAAUUGUGGGAAAGUGCUGAGCACCACCGCUGGCAUUCAGAGACACAUCCGCACCAUCCAUCUAGGGCGUAACUGUGACUCGGACUGCAGCGACGGCGAGGAAGACUUCUACUACACAGAGAUCAAGCUCAACACGGACUCUGUGGCCGACGGCCUGAGCAGCCUGUCCCCGGCGUCGCCCUCCGUCCUGUCACCUCCUCCUCCUCCGUCUCCUCUCCCGCCGCUCAGCCAGCCUCCAGACUCACAUCGACCCCCGCUGCCCUCCAACGCCAAGGAGCCUCACGUCGGCGGCACCACGCCGCUCAGUCGCUCCGCGCCCAGUGCUCUCUACCUCAUCCACACAGAUCACGCCUACCAGGCCACAGCUCCAGUGUCCAUCCCCUCCAGCAGCAGCAACUCAGCCGACUCGGCCUCCACCAGCUUCACUCCCACCAACAGCUUCAGCAUCUCCUGGCAGUCCCCUCCUGUCACUUUCACGGGGAACACGGUGUCUCCGAGUAAAAGCCAAGGAUUCGGGGAGCAGCGCUCCCAGACCAUUUCCGUGCUUUCAUCUCCUCCGAGAGCCGCCACCGCUCUCAGUCGAAAGGUUCGCGGCGAGGGGAAGAAGUGCCGCAAAGUGUACGGGAUGGAAAACCGCGACAUGUGGUGCACCGCCUGCCGCUGGAAAAAAGCCUGUCAGAGAUUCACCGACUGAUCUGGGCGACCCAGGGCUCCCUGUGCCAACAGUUUUCGUCCAGAUCUGGGGUGGGGGGCAUCAUUUUUGCAUGCUUUUGAUUUUCGUCUGGUCAGAAUUCCUGUCUUCAAGCUCUGGCUCCGCCCCCAGACUCAUCCCCACCCUCUUCUUAAAUCCGCUGAACCGGUCCAUCCGUGGGUGCAAGUGAAGGAAGACGGAAUCAACGUCCAUGAUCUCAAAUACUGCCUCAACCUCCCCUCACCACCACCAUUCCCAGUCCAGGGAAACCCCCCAGUGCAGCUAAAACGUGUAAAAAGAAAAAAAUUAGAAAAUAGUUCUCAAGAUUUCUGCAACUUUUUUUUAAUGUUUGGUCCAGUGAUGCAUCUUUCUAUGUUUUGUACAGCUCAGAUUUUUAAAGAACCGUCUUGUCAAAGAAGGAGCCCAAAAAAAAAAAA